AUGCCUUCGGCAACUGGGCAGAAUUGGGAGAAAUACCAGAAGAAGUUCGCCGACGAUGAGCAGGAGGAGAAGAAGAUCACACCGCUUUCGGACGAGUAUGCUAAUGUUGCGCUGCUGAUGAAAGAACGAGGCUGACGGAUCUUUAGGGAUAUCCAGGUGCUCAAGACAUACAACUCAGCCCCAUAUGCCACCGCCCUGAAACAGCUCGAGAAGUCCAUCAAGGACAAGCAGACGUCCGUCAACGAGAAAAUAGGCGUCAAGGAAUCAGACACAGGUCUCGCGCCACCACAUCUUUGGGAUAUCGCAGCCGACCGACAACGCAUGAGUGAAGAACAACCGCUACAGGUGGCAAGAUGUACCAAGAUCAUCCCGGACGAGAAGGACAGCGAGAAGAGCAAGUAUGUCAUAAAUGUCAAGCAGAUCGCCAAGUUUGUGGUCAACCUGGGCGAGCGGGUGAGUCCCACGGAUAUUGAGGAGGGAAUGCGUGUCGGUGUCGACCGCAACAAGUACCAGAUCAUGCUGCCUCUGCCACCGAAGAUCGAUCCGAGCGUUACCAUGAUGACUGUCGAGGACAAGCCAGAUGUCACAUACGGAGACGUCGGAGGAUGCAAAGAGCAGAUCGAGAAGCUACGAGAGGUGGUAGAAAUGCCGCUGCUGUCACCGGAACGUUUCGUCAAUCUGGGUAUUGACCCGCCCAAGGGUGCGCUACUGUAUGGUCCACCGGGUACCGGCAAGACUCUUUGCGCCAGAGCGGUUGCAAACAGGACAGAUGCGACCUUCAUUCGUGUUAUCGGAUCCGAAUUGGUACAGAAAUACGUCGGAGAGGGAGCCCGCAUGGUCCGAGAGCUGUUCGAGAUGGCGCGCACAAAGAAGGCCUGCAUUAUUUUCUUCGACGAAAUCGAUGCUGUUGGCGGGGCACGUUUCGAUGAUGGUGCCGGUGGAGACAACGAGGUCCAGCGGACGAUGUUAGAGCUCAUCACUCAGCUUGACGGCUUCGACAGCAGAGGCAACAUCAAGGUCAUGUUCGCAACGAACAGACCUAGCACGCUCGACCCAGCUCUCAUGAGACCUGGACGAAUAGACCGCAAGAUCGAGUUUGCCCUGCCGGACAUGGAAGGACGGGCCAACAUCCUCCGUAUCCACGCGAAGUCCAUGUCUGUGGAGCGUGACAUCAGAUGGGAACUCAUCUCGCGUCUGUGCCCGAACUCGACUGGUGCAGAACUACGCUCCGUCGCUACAGAGGCUGGAAUGUUUGCCAUCCGUGCUCGGAGAAAGGUCGCCAGCGAGAAAGACUUCCUCAGCGCUGUGGAGAAGGUCAUCCGAGGUGGACUAAAGUUCAACUCUACCGCGGCAUAUGCGCAGUAUAAUUAG